AUGCUGGGAACAACCAGCCGCGCGGUUCGCAGGCUCUCCUGCUGCUCUAUCCGUCACCACCGUCGUCAAUAUCCUAAAAUCUUCGGGGAUUGGGGUGGCUGUGGCCUCGUUUCUCUCCCAAACGCCGGCAAAACGCUCCUAUCUCAGUCAUAUCCUCAAAACCUUGACACUAAUAAUGUCAAUACUUGUGUCGCCAUCGGAGCAUUCUUCUCCACGACAUCGGACCGUCUUGAUACUAAUUGCAGGCGUAACAACACCCCCACCUUCUCUGCCGCCGCUGAUACUAUUGGUUUUGACCGCCAUUUAGAAGCAGAGUCGGACGAUGAUGCUGACCAGCCACUGCGUGCUCGGACAACAACUACUGAGGCUGUGGUCGAUGCGCAUUCGGCUAUAGAGCUGGCUCUGGACUCGGUGGUUAAGAUUUUCACUGUGUCCAGCAGCCCCAAUUACUUCCUUCCCUGGCAGAACAAGUCCCAGCGCGAAACUACGGGUUCUGGAUUUAUUAUUCCUGGGAAGAGGAUUUUGACAAAUGCUCAUGUGGUGGCUGAUCAUACUUUUGUACUUGUAAGAAAGCACGGUUCUCCGACCAAGUAUAGAGCCAAUGUCCAAGCUGUUGGUCACGAAUGUGACUUGGCUAUAUUGGUUGUUGAACGUGAAGAAUUUUGGGAGGGCAUGCAUUUUUUGGAGCUUGGUGACAUUCCAUUUUUGCAGGAAGCUGUUGCUGUCGUUGGUUAUCCCCAAGGAGGGGACAACAUAUCUGUUACUAAAGGUGUUGUGUCUAGGGUUGAACCUACGCAGUACGUUCAUGGUGCAACCCAACUCUUGGCAAUACAGAUUGAUGCAGCCAUAAAUCCGGGGAAUAGCGGAGGCCCAGCAAUCAUGGGGGACAAGGUAGCAGGUGUAGCUUUUCAAAACCUCUCAGGUGCAGAGAAUAUUGGGUGA